CAUCUCAGCUCUACUCUCAAUGUCAGUGUCUCUAUGUUGCAGUAAACUGACCUGUAAAGAAGGCCAAAGCGGGCCGACCCGUGAGUCCAUGAGGGAUGUGUUUGACAUGAAGUCCUUCCGGCCAGCAGUGAACCUCAGCAACCCCACCAUAAGUAACAUCUCCUUCACCCUGUAUGCUGUCCUGGGUGUGAAUGAGAAAACCCAAAUACUGACUACCUUCUUGUGGCUGCGACAGUACUGGCAACAUGAGUUUCUGGUGUGGGACCCUGAUGAGUGUGACGGCGUCACAAGGAUUUCUCUCCCAGCAGAUCAGCUCUGGUCUCCAGACAUCAUUGUUUAUGAGUUUGUAGAUGACGAUGUUUCCCAAGCGUGCCCUUAUGUCUACGUCAACCACACAGGUUACAUCCGCUGGGACAGGAUGCUUCGGCUCGUCUCAUCCUGCAACCUGGAGAUCUUCAGUUUUCCUUUUGAUGUCCAGAAUUGCACAUUUACAUUUGGCUCCUACAUGCACACUAUAAGGGAUGUGAGGUUGGGUCCAGCCCUGACUUUUAAAGAAAUGUCUGGAAACUCAAAGAGCUACCUGGCAGCCAGCGGAGAGUGGGAGCUAGUAGACAUCCUGGGAGAGACCUCCAUCCUCCAGUUUGGGAUCGACGAGUGGGACAUCAUCACCUUUUGGGUGGUCAUAAAGCGGCAGCCUCUCCUCUACGUGGUGAACCUGCUGAUCCCCAGCUCCUUUCUCAUGCUCAUCGACAUCAUGUCCUUCUACCUGCCCCCCCACAGUGUGGAUCGCGCCUCCUUCAAGAUGACCCUCAUCCUGGGAUACACCGUCUUCUUGCUCAUCAUGAACGACCUGCUGCCCAGCACAGCCAACGGCACGCCACUCAUAGGUAUCUAUUUCUCGGUGUGUCUGGCCCUCAUGGUCAUCAGUCUACUGGAGACGGUCAUCAUUACCAAUGUCCUCCACCACAGCUCCAUGAAAUCUAAAGAAGUCCCAAAUUGGGUGAGAGUGGUUGUCCUCAAACACAUAGCCAACCUCAUUUGCUACCGAUGGCCCGAGGACGUCCAGCCGCCCUCUGUACCACAGAAGGACAAACCUCAAAGUUCAAAUGGCAGCUCGGAGUCGUGGAACAUUCAGCCAACCAGCCAGACACCCGCCCAGCACCCAAACACCAACAAAGGUAUGCUCUUCUCCUUAGAUGUUUCCGCUCUGCCUGAACUGCAACAGAUCUGUCAAUAUCUGGGAGACCUUCGUGCCCAUCUCACCUCGCUGCAGAAGGGGAACGAGCUGCAGGACCAGUGGUGUCACGUAGGAUACGUCCUUGACUUCCUACUGUUCCGCAUCUAUCUGCUGAUCAUUUCAUGUUAUGCGCUGGUCAUCAUCUGCAUGUGGUGUGUCUGGAUCAACCAGACAUUGAAAUCUGCUGAGCUCAUCUUUAUCUGUUUCAUGCUGCUUCACGGUUUUGUAGCAGCAUUUAACUGCACCAGCCCUUCACCUGAAUCCUUGUUUGGUGCACUUGAGAGGAAUCUAUUCCCUAAAAAACUACUGCGACCUGUAAAUAGCUUUUCAAGUCCACUAAACAUAACCAUUAGUAUCACUGUGGUGGCAAUCGUAGGAGUGGACGAAAAAUCCCAAUCCCUGACAACACUCAUAUGGCAAGUUCUGGAGUGGAAUAUAGAGGGACUGAGCUGGGAUGACGAGGAAUGUGGAACCUCAAGAGUCUCUGUCCCACGAGAAAAGCUUUGGAUCCCAGACGUCCGCAUUGCAGAGUUCAUGACUGAGGACACAUCUCCCAAAACUCCCUAUGUCUACUUAAACAACACAGGUCAUGUAUUUGAUGAUAAACCGAUCGGAGUGAUCAGCUCCUGUCGAUUGAUUAUCUACACUUUCCCCUUCGAUAUCCAAAACUGCUCACUGACCUUUGGAUCAUAUUUACACUUUAAUUCAGACAUCAGGAUGGUUCAAGGCACUUCAUCUGAAGAGAUCCUGGAGGAGUCCCUAAACGUUUUGGAGACCAAUGGGGAGUGGAAGCUUAUAGGGAUCCAUGUAAAUCCUGACGCCCAACUGGUUUUAAGUGAGGGAAGCUACUCAGAGAUCAAAUACUAUAUCGUUUUGAGACGUCAGCCAAUCCUGUAUGUGGUGAACCUGCUGAUCCCCAGCUGCUUCCUCAUCACAGUGGACCUCUUCAGCUUUAUGCUGCCUCCCCACAGUGUGGACAGAUCCUCCUUCAAGAUGACCCUCAUCCUGGGAUACACCGUCUUCCUGCUCAUUAUGAACGACCUGCUGCCCACCACUGGGGAGACAACGCCUCUCAUCAAUGUUUUCUUCUGCCUCAGCCUUGCUCUGAUGGUGGCCAGCCUGUUGGAGACUGUCUUGAUCACUAAUAUGCAGUUCAGCUCGAGUCAGUACAGUGCGGUGCCUCACUGGCUCAGUGUCAUCGUGUUACGAUAUCUAGCUGUGGUUGUCUGUCUCCCUCCAAAGAAAAAGAGCAACCGAAUCACUGUCAACCUCUCACGUGCUAAAGAAAAAGAUUUCAGCUUUAACAACAUCUCAGCGAUUCAUCUUCAGGGCACCCCUGGUUAUACACCUCCAGAGAAACAGCCUAUAGAGCCAGCCCUGGAAGAACUGAGGAAGCUGAGUAGAGAUCUCUUGGCCAUCCGCCUCCAGGUGGACAAACACUUCCAGGGGAGCACUUCCACUGAGGAAUGGCAAUCGAUCGGGAUAGUCAUGGACCGUCUGCUGUUCUGCUUGUACAUCGUCUUCCUCAUUGUCAGCUUCAUCACCAUUAUAUGUAUCUGGAGCAGGAGUAGCUAUACAGUAUGAUUAACCUAGAGGGCUAAACACCUGAUUGAGAAAAUGAGAAAGUGGCAGCUUUCAUUUUGAUAAACUGUGACAAUUAAUUAUUUGGUCUACAUUUUUUAACAAGAAAUAUAAAAGGUGUCUUUGUAGAUUGCCAAAUGUAGUCUGGUGCCAUGCCAAAAUAUAGUUUUUCGGUGUGUGUGUGUGUGUGUGUGUGUGUGUGUGUGUGUGUGUGAGGCUUCACUUAGUAACAGUGCUGCUUUGAGCUAAUUGCAUUUGCCUUUUCAUAGUGACAAUUAAACCACGAUCUUUACCAUGUUCACAAUCUUCAGUUUAAAAUUCGUCUAUCAGCAGUAAACGCUGUACAGCUGGAGCUGACAGAAAGCUCAUAAGUUGAGCAAGUCUUUGGUCAUGAAUCACGAGGAUUCACUUGUUAUCAAAACAUUUCUCUUUCAGUGAUAUUCAGUUUAGAGCUACAAAUAUUUAAUAUGCAAGAGGUGUGGAAUUAUUAAUUUGUCAUUUUCAAAUACAGAAGUCAAACAUCCCAUCAUUG